CAGUAAGGGCCAUCCCUCGCUAAGUGUUACUAGUUCAAGUAAUAUGACAUCAAUAUCAAGUUUAGUGGUGCUUCUAUUUUCUUUGAUAUUGUGUUUUCAAUUUGCCUCGUCAAUCUUCUGUUAUGACUGCAACAGCGCGUUUGACCCUCGCUGUGGGGAAAACUUCGACUCCUUCAGCCUGGGGGUCGUGAACUGCUCACUCAGAGACCCGCCUGACCAUAUAGAUCCCGUCGAACCUACAUUCUGUAGAGUCAUUAAGAUGGAGAUUUACGGCACAGUGCGAAUCGUCCGUCAAUGCGGGUACUUAGAGGAGCAAAGCGGCGAACACACAUGCAGAAGGCAGACAGGAAACGGUGAUCUUUUCGUCACCUAUUGUACAUGUGACACCGACCUCUGCAACGCAAGUACAGAGCUCACAGAUAAUAAAGUCGUACUUAUACCAGUGACCAUCUUAUAUGGUCUCUUUAAAUAUUUACUGUGAUUAAAAUUUUAUUUAAAUUA